UUACCGAUGGAUCAUCUGAGCAGCGUAAGUCAUUUCCGAUUAGGGAACAAAGCCUUCAAAUGGCCUCAUUCAUUUGAGGAGGAAAAGAAAGCUAAGGAAGGGCAUUCAUUUCUUACCAGCGUUUCUUUUCAAAACUGAUAAUCCUACAGCAGGUGUUCAAAAAGAGCAAAGAGGAUCGAGGAAAAACAUAGAAAAGCCACACUCGUCGAACAAAUUCGCCGCGGAGAAUACAGAUCGCACAGCGUCGACGGGCGAGUAUGAAGAAAAGGAAACGAAUCGGAGUAGUAGUCGAUUGCUAGGAAAUAGGGCACAGGAUUCAAAUGGACGCAAAGAAGAUUCGAGACCUUGUGUUCCCCCGAGAGGUAGCGAUAGGCAAAGAGUGUGUGGAAAAAGCAUGGACAAGCCACCUUCAAAGCCAAAGAAGCGAACAAGUUCAAUAAAAAAACAAAAAAGUGAUGACGAGAUGGACACCUACAUUAGCGACGACAAGCAGCCGGAAAAACCAAAAAGGAAGAGCCGAGUUUCGCCUAAAAAUAAUAUCGAAGAUGAACAUGAUGACGAUCUUGGUCUUCGCACUUUUCAUAAUCUUAGGAUAGACUCUGAUAAACCGAAGUCAAAGAACAGUAGGACACGAAAGAAGGCUACUUCUGGAGAAAGGUCAAGUGGGCGACGAAAGGAGAAAGCUCCUGAUCGCUCUAAAAGCCUUCCGGCUGGACAAAACACGGAAAGCUCCGAUGAUGUGGGUAGCACCAGCGAAGUAGAUGUAGAAGAUGAGGGCAAUAUACAACCGGAGAGAAUGCGGUCAAGUAGGGAGCGUCGCAAUAAUCAAAAGCGUCUUGAUUCAAACGAUAGCUUUCGCAAUUCAGGAAAGGUGGAUACCAUCAACUCCAAUGAUACGCGUGUAAGCAGAAGUUCUCACUCUUUGAGAAGAUCAGGGGUCCGUCGCUCGAGGUCUGAACGUUGGAAUAAGGCAGUCGAAAUAAUGGACAGCGAUGGCACAGACGACCAUCACUCAAUCAAUAGACGAGCUCAAGAAUCGCUGAAUCGAGUAAAUGAUGGUUUCUCUAGAUCGGGACAUUCUCGGAUUAGACGACAUCAUAGUGCUGGUCUGACAAAGAUGAGUAGAUCAAUGAGAAGUUAUUCACAUCAUGAUAUUGAUUAUAAACGCCUUAAUUCUAUCGAUGGAAAACGUUCAUCGAGGAGAGCAAUGAGGCAUCGCCAUGAAACUGAUUCUGAAGAAUCUUUUUUGGACGAUAAUAUUGAUACUGCUACACUUGAAAGCAUUGACGACGAAUACGAGGAUUACGAAGAAGACGUUUACAGGAUGGAGCUACAAACUCCUGGGAUGAUCGAUUUUGAGGAAGAGAUGUUUGAUCUUAUGCAGCGUGCAAACCCUGAAGUUACAGAUCAUCUGGAUCGUAGGGUGCACCGUAAGCGAGAGAUGGUUGCAUUUGACCAUAACAUGCCUAUGAUGACUAGGCAGGCUCUUCUUACUCGGCAAGCAAGUUCUCGACUACGAAGACAAUUCCUUGACGGAAGCAAUGUUGACAAGAAACGACUUCUACUCCGGAAUGAUUCCAUGUCAUCUUCCGAUGGACUCGCAAUGUCUAAUCAUCGACAAAUGCGAAGUGCACACAAAAGACGAGUGCCACCUCGUGCGAAAUCGUCUGGGUUGGGUGGAAUGGGUCGUGUUGGUUACUCCGACUCUUUCAAGUCCGAUUCAGUUGAUCGUCGUGGUGCAUUUCGCUCUCAAUCCAUUCAUGGUAGUCACCCAGCGUCCUUUAACCAAUACUACCAGAAUAAACCGAAUAGAAUACGGUCGUUAUCGCGCCGAGCUUCUGGUGACUUGAUCAAUCCACAUUCAAUGCGUGGGUCGUCUCGGCCAAACAGUCAACUAGCCCACCAAAGGGCAAUUCAGCGAACGACUUCUUCAACGUCUCGGAGAAGAUCCGCUUCAUCAGAUCAAACUCUGUCUCGAAAACAAGAUAGCAAAAUCUAUACAGAAAAGAAUCAAAGAUCAAGUAACACAAGAGUGUUUCCUGAUGAAGAUCAAGAUACUGAUAAUUUCGACGAACAACUUGAGCAUGAAAUCUCAAAGGGCAAUUCCAGCACAUCUUCGUUUUUGACAGGAAAAUCGAACGGUUCCAAGAAUUUCGAUAAGAACGAUAUGGCCAACAAGAGAAAUCGUUCCAAGUUACAUCUGUUGUUGUACAAGACCAAAAUGGCUAUUGAUAUGGAUGUUUUAUUAAGAAAGGUUCGAAAAGGAGACACGCCCAGAUUACCUAUCGACUCAUUGCGGAUGCCAUCUCCUUAGCAGACGCUUUCAUCUGAAUCGAAACGAUUGAAGGCUAUUAUGAAAUGUUUCUUCCUUAAGUGAAUCAAUAGGGACAUAUACC